GUUUUUCGCCCAUUGACAGGAUGCAGUACCUGAGAACGAUCCGCAAACGUGCCCUCGAUUUCGUGCCCAAGGCCAAUUUGUACGGGGGAAUACCAGCCGUGACGACCUACAACGAUCUGCCGCAGCCGCAGCCCGACUGGCGGAAGCACUACGACGCCGAUCAGCGUUUGCAGAACGCACAUCUUCUGCUGGGCGUCACCAUGCUGGCCGGCACCAUCGUCGUAGGUAAGAUGACCGGUAUGUUCGAGUUCCACGACGACAUUCCCGAGUGCAUGCCGGAGGAGAAUUGCUACCAGGACUACAAGAAAUGAUUUUGACUUUUAUACUAUUCAUAUUUU